ACAGAUGAUUGUGUUUUCAUCAUCACAGAUCUUGUUGAACGCUUCAUUGACGCAUAUCGUACUUUGUAAACAAUUUUUAAUUGUAAAUAAAAGGCUAACUAAGUAAAAUAUCUUUUUUUUAAAUUAUCACACGUGUAAAAAGCUUUACAAUGAAGGCAGCACCUCAUCAACGAUUAGUUAUGGUUGGAGAUAGAGAUGGAUUAAAAGAACUUCUCCGACGUCGACUUGUUGAGUGCGGUUGGAGAGACGAAGUCAAGAUCAUUUGCAAAGAAUUGAUAAAAGAAAAAGGACAUGAUAUUACAUACGAUAAUAUGCUAUCUACAGUAACGACGAGAGCUAGGAGUUUAGUUCCUGAUUCAGUUAAAAAGGAAUUACUCCAAAAAAUUAAAAGUCAACUACUAGCUCAAGAAGAGAAAAUAAAAAUGUAAAUACUCUGUACAAACUUUCAUUGUAAUUAAGGUAUAAUAAUUAAGACUGUUUUUAAUAAUGUAUGAUACUAAUAUUUGUGAAUACCUAAGAUUAUCACUAUCAUUUUAUUUUUAUUAAUUUUUUUAUUUAUUGUUAAUAAUUAAGUAUAAUGAAUAAAUAUUUAAAAGUUUUAUUAGA